CGCGGAGGGAUUUAGUGAGGACUACACCCAAGCGCCUGUCCAAUUGCAGCAGCGCCUCUCCAUUACUUAGGACAUAAGAAAGCCGGGACGCCGGUGUCUUUUCCUCUGCAGGAGUACCGCUGCACCGCACGACAGCUUCAGCGUCCCCGUCGUUUGAGAGACGACCGUAACCUCACCUGAACCGACGUCCUCUUUUCGUCUUAGAACUGAUUUCACAAACAUGUCCUGGCAAGUCUACGUGGACAACCUGAUGGUUGAUGGCUGCUGCCAGGACUCGGCCAUUGUUGGUUACACGGACGCCAAAUACGUCUGGGCAUCGUGCACCGGCGGUACCUUUGCCUCCAUUACGCCUCAAGAAAUUGACCUGCUCACAGGGAAGGACCGAGAGGGAUUCUUCACCAAUGGGUUGACCUUAGGCAAUAAGAAAUACUCCGUAAUCAGAGACAGCCUCCUAGUUGAAGGUGACUGGACGAUGGACAUCCGGACAAAGAGUCAGGGAGGAGAGCCAACCUACAAUGUUUCUGUGGGCAGGGCAGCCAAAGUAUUGGUUUUUGUCAUGGGGAAGGAAGGUGUCCACGGAGGGCAGCUCAACAAGAAAGUACAUGACAUGGCUGACUACCUGAGGAAGACUGGAUACUAAGGCAGCCUGUACCCAGCAGCUCACCCUUGCCACCCUGUUGUAUUUUCCACCACGUUCAGUCCUAGUUGAUGAUAGGUUCACCUUAUACUUUGUUGUCUUUUUUUUUUGUUUUGUUUUCUUUUUUUUUUUUUUUUUUUUUUGUCCACUGACCCCCCCCCCCCCCCUUCCCCCACACCAUCCUCUUCCCUCAACACACUUGUGCUAUGUAUUCUUCCAACCCUUUAAAGCACUCUUAAGUUGAUCCACAGCAAAAAGGAGCAUGUUGCUAAGAGGAUGUCAUGACAAAUCUGUACUUACCCAAGACCAGCAAAAUAAAAUGUUGUGAAAACUCAGACAGUGCGAAGUUAUUAUGCCAAUUUGAAUUUUAUUUUCUGUCGUCACUUAAUCUCUCCCAAACCCAUUCAUACACACUCCUCCCCCCCACAAACAGCUGAUGCCUUUGGAGCACUUGAGCAGUUACAGAGCUCUUAAUGUCUUCCUCUUUAUUUCCUCCAUGUCUGAGGUUGUGUCUCUCACCUGACGGCCUCUUCUCUCAUGCCAAAAUUCUCCAGUUUCCCAUUUCUGUUUAAUUGAAUUGGGUGACGCCACAAGCCUUUGCAGUAGACCUUAAUAGCCUCGUUUCCACUGCGCAGCAUGUGCCGGUACGUCUCUUUUUGGGGCUUCCGCUGACUAGAAUACUACAAGACCCGUGCCCAACCACUAACACUUUUUGUAACUCCUCCAGCACGGUACCUGGCACAUCGGCACAGGUUUCAUAUGGAGGAGCUACCACAUCGUCCCUCUCGAUCCCAACACGUUUAAACGGCUUUUCGUAAACUCCCUGCUGCUGUUCGCAUACGCCGUUUUGCGCACGCUGGUUUUGUUAAUGCGAGUUUUUUUUUUCUUCUUCUUCUUCUUUUGAAGAAAUAUAUUUUUAAAGGUCGGCACACUACAGAGCACUCGGGUUUUUGGACCCGGUGCAGACGCUCCUCUGACGGGAGAUUCAGAGGGAGCUGGGUGGCGCUGUUCGGAUUAGGAGUCUUCCGAGCCGUGUCAGAGAAUGGAGACGUACGCCUUCAACAGGAAGCCCUGAGGACUGAAAACCGGAGAUUGAAGGACCCUGAUAGUUGGUGUGGAGCCCUGCGUUCACAUCGCAUACCUGUGUUGUCACGAGGCCGUUCACUACCCCGCCUACACUUUAACCACACUUGCGGCGGAGACGUGCAACAGAUUUGUCCGGUUGCGCUUCGGAGUGCCGUGCCGUGCCGCCCAGUGGAAAUGAGGCUUAGAUGUCAAAGGCUACCCGCCACUUUUCAGAGUCACUGGAAUAUGCUGGUGAGGAGUAGGCUGGUGGCGUUGGAUCAGCUCCCUCCGUUAUCUCACGUGAGCUUCUUUCACAGCCUCUCCUCCGUUCACCACCGCCUCCCUGACCACACAGAAAACACCCAUGGACAUUCCACAGUAACAAUUGCUCAGGCACUUAAUACUGUUUUGUUUGCCAGCUCCUGUAAUAUAUAUAUUUUUUUUAAUUUUGUUUUUUGAAAGGCUGCCAUUUUUUGGAUAUCCCAGCAUAUAACCACCUAGAGUGUGUCUAGUUUGAAUUUUUCUUUUUAUAGGACCAAGUGUAGUUGAAGCUCGGGUGUUUAUACAAUUGCUCAAAAAUCAAGUGUAACAGUUACAGACAUAAAUACUGGGAUUUAAAAUAUGACAGUACAGGGGAGGUAAGGGUGGGAAUAUCUAAAGAUUUUUUUUUUUUUUUGUUAUUUAGUCUUUAGAAAUGCAAAUGACUGCAUUUGUACAAACCCACGCUGUGUUGACAACUACAAAACUGUGGAAUAAAUUGCCUUCUUUAUAGUCAGCUGAGCUCUGCGGUAUCACAUGGUCUGUCCACACUCAGCACCGCUAACUGUAACGUCCAACUGAGAAAACAAAACCUAAAGUAGAAAUGACAUUAAAUGGGAGGAUGGGAAUAGUUGGUACAAAGCCGCUUCUGGUUGUCUUGUUUGAAUCUUAAAACAGAACCUGUGUAUCCUGUGCCAUAAUGUAGAGAGAUCUGUUGCUAUUGUAAGACUGACUUUACCCACCGUCCGCUGAAGAGUCAUUUCAGUGGUACAUUUACUUUUUUUUUUCUUUAAAGCUUCUGCUCCACUGUUUAGGCCUUGUGGGAUAUGUGUACUGUUUCAAGUCCUGUUUGCCGAUUUGUUAAUUUCCUUUACUCAUCACUUUUUUUUUUUUUCUUACAUCUGAGAUACAGUCUCUUUAAUGCAUCUGAUUUCAUAUGCAUCAAGCAAAGAAAUGCCAUAAAUUGAUUUAUCACCUUGUUUACAGACAGAUCAAAUAAAUUUAUUCCAACCAGA